CAAAGGACAAGGUAAGGUGUUAAAAAAGUCAAACCAGAGCAACUAGUUUAGUUAAAUAGUCAAACAAGGAAGAUGCCUAUGUGACAAGAACACGCUCGGAUGUGAAUGACACCCCCGAGACACGAAGACCAUGUGACAGACACUAAUUCCCAGCAACUACAUAUGAUGGGAUUUCCAGCCUGCGUGCCAUUGCUAAGUGUCAGGGAUACUUGCAAAUCUCUCUGAAAAUUGAAGUUGUUGAUAUUUUAGAGGAUGACUGCUCUAGGACAUAGUAUUACUGUCAGAAACAUUCGAGGUGAAGAGCUGCUCUGUUGCUGGGAGUGUCCUGGGCUGGAUUGUUUUCCAGAGGCAGAACGUAGUAGCACUGCAGGCGGUAGCAGUAGUACUUUUUAUAACAGAAUUAUCCAGGGAUAUUUUUUAGCCUUUAGAAACGAGACUUUGGGGCAUUGUAGGACCUAAAGAAAUGACGUGUGACUGAAUGUUUACACAGUUCUCAUACGCAGCUCAGAGGCUUUCCAGUCUUUUUGCUGGGUAACUUAAGGAUAAACGCUCUCCCACUUCAUCUCCUCUGACACCAGACACUGAUUUUCAAUGCCAUCUGUCUCUGCUCCCGGCCAGGAUGAAACAACCGACUCUGUGACAGUUGUCUGCCGCUUUGAAUGAGACUUUUUUCCCCCGGGGGAAAAUAGCCCUUUGUGGGACAGGAGUGCAGCACAGCGGGCUUGAAAGGGCUUAUUUCAUCUCGGAGGCAUGAAUGGCGUUUGCAGUUCAUGAUCGCCGUGUCGGACCCAUCACGGACCCGCUGGCACAGCGGCGGGACGGCGACGGACCUCGGAGCAGGCACAAACCGUGGCCAGCGCACUAUGCCCGUAGCUGUUGACACUGGCAGGACGUGACCCUCCUCGCGUGGGCGACACGAAGGGAGGCAAAUGCCCCGCUAACCCUUCCUCGAGCCGGUGAAGGGCGCAGGGAUUCCGCUUUGCCACUUUUUGGGUGCUCCACCGAAAACCUGAGCGCCCACGCACAGCGGCUUCCCACGGCCGUCCUUUCGUCCCGGCUGCUUUCAUGGCGAUGGCGGAGCUCUGGGGCCGCGCGUAGCGCUGCCAGGUUCCCGCCGGAGCAGCCACAUCCAUUUCUCCUGCGGGGCUAAUCCCGAGCGAGCGAGCGGCCGGGCGCCAGCUUUGCGAGGAGAAGAGGAAGAAAGACGAGAAAGACGCGGGGCGAAGGCGCAGCUCUGCAGCCGCUCCCGCUGCCGGAAGCGCUCCCGGGCCCGCCCGGCGGGGCGGCCGCUGCGGCCCGGGAGAGGCGGAGGGCCCGGGAAGGGCGGAGAGCCCGGGAGAGGCGGAGGGCCCGGGGAGAGGAGGAGAGCCCGGGAGAGGCGGAGGGCCCGGGGAGAGGAGGAGAGCCCGGGGAGAGGCGGAGGGCCCGGGAGGGGCGGAGAGCCCGGCAGGUGCCGCGGGAGGAUGGCGGUGGGCGACCCGGAGCAGGCGCGCUACUGCGGGCGGCUCUCGUACCUGUGCCUGAAGCUCAGCCUCAUCACCUACUCCACCACGUUCUGGGUGAUCGGAGCCCUCGUCCUCGCCGUUGGGAUUUAUGCAGAAAUUGAAAGACAGAAGUACAAAACUCUAGAAAGUGCCUUUCUAGCCCCAGCAAUUAUUUUAAUACUUUUGGGCAUUGUAAUGUUCCUGGUAUCCUUUGUGGGUGUACUGGCUUCUCUGAGAGACAAUUUAUGCCUUCUGCAAGCAUUCAUGUACAUCCUUGGCAUCUGCCUGCUGAUCGAGCUGACAGGUGGAGUGGUGGCCCUGAUCUUCAGGAACCAGACAAUCAAAUUUUUGAAUGAUAACAUUAGAAGAGGAAUUGAGAAUUACUAUGAUGAUUUAGACUUCAAGAACAUCAUGGAUUCUGUACAAAAGCAGUUCAAGUGCUGUGGUGGGGAAGAUUACAGAGACUGGUCCCAGAACGUGUACCACAACUGUGCAGCUCCAGGACCACUGGCUUGUGGGGUGCCCUACACUUGCUGCAUCAGAAAUAAGACAGACAUUAUCAACACUAUGUGUGGAUACAAGACCAUUGACCAAGAGCGCUUGAGCGUUCAGCACGUCAUCUACGUCCGAGGGUGCACCAAUGCUGUGCUCAUCUGGUUUUUGGACAACUACAGCAUCAUGGCUGGUGUGCUGCUCGGCAUACUGCUGCCCCAGUUCCUGGGCGUGCUGCUGACGCUGCUGUACGUGACCCGGGUGGAGGACAUCAUCUCGGAGCACAAGCUGGGCCAGAGCCUCUUCGGGACCGCGCCUGCCCCGGACCUGGCCGCGGCCGGCUGCUGCAGGUGCUACCCGGGCUGACCGGAGCCCAGCGCUGCCGGAGCGGGCACAGCAGCUGCCUUGGGGCUGGCCAGACACCGGGGUGCUGAAGCAGCCGGAGCUGGGGGCGAGCCGGGACGCACUGAGGGGCCCCGCGGGGUCUGGGGGCAUUAAUUCCUUCUGAGUGAUUGCUGGGAGAUAACACAGCCGGGAAGCCGGAGAAGAGCUGAACCUCGAUUUCCAGGGAGCGUCUUUGCAUCUUGGGCUGUUGUAUUUGAGUGUUUGUCCUUCUCCAGCUUUAUUUUCCUACUCCUUGCAGAGAGAUUUCUUCCCGAUCCACACGGUGAACAUUAAACCUGUGUUUAAUGGUGGGGUUUUAUGCUAAUCAUGAUGAAUUUACUGACAAUAAUGGAUGUGAUGCUGAUCGCUUUCAUUGCUCAGUCUUCUGUGCCUUUUAAUAACGGGGCAAAUGCCAGUGUCAAAUCAGUCAGGUAAUGCUUGAUCUAUUUUUUAAUGCAGUUUAUUACUGUGUGGCUUUUGUAUAAACUCACAAGAUGUUUGAGUCUUGGAUGUACUGUAUUUUUCCCCUUUAGUAAAUUAACUAGGUGAUUUAUGACUUUAUAUUUUUUUGGAGUUCUGUAUGUCAAGAUGUUUCUAAAAUUUAUUGUUGAAAUAAAACCAAUGAGUCGGUUUUUCUUAAAAAAAAA